AUGGCCUGUGCUCUGCUUGAAAUCAGGGCCCAUCUGCAGAUCCGAAGCCCCAUGCAGUGCCUGGUGGAGUUUCUGGGUGCAUCUGUGCUCUUGCUCCUCACUCAGGGGUCCGUGGCCCAGGUUGUCUGGCCAGCUUUCUGGCUGCUACAACUCCUAACUCUCUCAGGAGCCCACCUAAACCCAGUCUUUUCUCUGGCCAUGUGCCUGGUGGGACGCCUCCCCUGGGCCAAGCUCCCGGUUUACUGAGUUGUGCAACUGCUGUCUGCUUUCUGUGCCUCAGGUGCUACCUACAUUCUCUACUAUGAUGCCCUCCAGAACUACACAGGUGGGAACCUGACAGUGACCGGUCCCAAAGAGACAGCCUCCAUUUUUGCCACUUACCCUUCCCCCUAUCUGUCCCUGAACAAUGGCUUCUUGAACAGGAUUCUGGGUACCUGGAUGCUGAUUGUGGGGCUGUUAGCGACCCUAGACAGAUGAAAUAAAGGAGCACCUGCAGGUCUGGAGCCUGUGGUGGUGGGACUGCUGAUCCUCACCAUUGGACUAUCCAUGGGUGCAAACUGUGACUUUCCACUCAACCCUGCCUGGGACCUGGGCCCAAGGAUCGUCACCUACUUUGCUGGCUGGGACCCUGACAUCUUCAGUGCUGGUAAUGGCUGGUGGUGGGUGCCUGUAGUGGCUCCUAUGGUGGGGGCCACCCUGGGCACAGCCACAUACCAGCUCCUGGUGGCUCUGCACCACCCUGAGGAUUUAGAACCAUUUCCAAAGGUGAUGGCAUCUCAACUCAAGGCUUCAGACUUGGUAGCUGGACUAGCUCAGCUGGAGUGUAAGCUGUGA